AUAAACAACGUUAUUUGUGUUAUGUCCCUAGAACAAUGGUGGGAUGGAUCAGCCAAGUUCUUAUCGCCGUAGUUGUCUUAGUUACUCUGCCAUUCAUUCUGAGAAAACUGCUAGCUCUUCACAGAUACAAACAGAUGAUAGACAAGCUUCCAGGACCCAAGCCAAAGUAUAAAAUGAGCGCAGCGAUGGAGUACAACGUUCCUAGAGAGUACCUAUUUCAAGUAUUCGAUAAGUUCUUCGGUACAUACGGAUCAAUCGUCCAGGUGUGGAACUUGGUCUACUUUAGUGCAGAUGUUUACAUGUGUAAGCCGGAGGACGUGGAGGUACUUCUCAACAGUAUAAAGCACAUAAAGAAGAGCACGGCCUACGAAAGGAUGGAGUCUUGGCUGGGAACGGGAUUAUUGACUAGUUCAGGAACAAAGUGGCAUCUCCAUCGAAAACUCAUCACUCCAGCUUUUCACUUUAAUAUCCUUGAAGAUUUUCUUCAAGUUUUUGUGGAGAGGUCGAAGAUAUUUGUGAAAAAAUUGCACAAACUUUCUCAAGAGUCAGAAGUGGACUUGAUGCCGUUAAUAUCUAGAUGUACAUUGGAUAUCGUGUGUGAAACUGCAAUGGGAACUACGUUUAAUAUUCAAGAGAGUGCGGAACAUGAAAACUAUGUUUCUACAGUGUAUGAAGUGAACGAGUUGAUAACAUACAGAGAGUAUCGUCCUUGGCUGUACCCAGACUCAGUCUACUACAGGACUGCUGCAGGAAAACGUUACAUGCAGUGCUUGCAGAAACUGCACAGCUUUACUGAGAACGUAAUACGAGAAAGAAAAGAACACAGAAAAAAUGGACAACAGAAGAUUAAAGAUGAUAAAAUGAAUGAAGACAUUCCAGGGUAUAAGAGAAGACUGGCUCUUCUAGAUCUGCUGUUGGAGACUUGUGAAACAAUGACUCACCCUCUCACAGACUUGGAGAUCAGAGAGGAAGUGGACACCUUCAUGUUUGAGGGUCAUGAUACAACAGCAAUGGCUAUAGUGUGGACCUUAUACCUGCUGGGAAAACACCCUGACAUCCAGGAAAAGGUAGCUGAGGAGUUAGAUCAUGUCCUGGAAGGUACUGAGCGAAGCUUUACUUAUGAUGACUUGAGUAACAUGAAGUAUUUGGAAAGAGUUAUCAAGGAGGCACAGAGGCUCUACCCCAGUGUACCGAUGAUAGCUCGCUGGCUAGAUGAGGAUCUAGAGUUGCGUGAUUAUACGGUACCAGCUCUCACAAACUUAACUGUUAGCAUCUUUCAUUUGCAUCGAGAUCCCAACUGGUAUCCAAAUCCGGAGACAUUCGAUCCAGACAAUUUCUUGCCUGAAAGAGUCAAGACAAGACAUCCUUAUGCUUUCAUACCUUUCAGUGCUGGUCCUCGCAACUGUAUUGGCCAAAGGUUUGCCAUGAUGGAGUUGAAGAUUGUGGUUGCCAAUGUGAUUAGAAACUUCAAAAUUAAGGCUGUGAAGGAUAUUCAACUGAGGUUAUACGAGUUGACUUUAAAACCUGUGAAUGGACUCUUCGUGAACCUAGAACCACGAAAGAAAUGAGAUAACAUUUUUUUGAAUGACUGUUAACUCUUUAUCGAAAAAAGACUGAACUUAGGUGAAACUUAAUUUAGGAAACUGUAAACUAACCAGCAAUGUAAUGUUUCUUAUUUAGCAAUUAAAUAUUUUUUAUUAAGCUGCUUUUUAAAUAAUAUUGUGAUUAGCGUUUUAGUUUA